AUGAGAAAACUACGGAGAAAUGGAAACCAGAUCAAUAUCCGGUGGAUCUCCACGAGCGAAGACAAUAAACUGCGGGGUCUGGCUAAAGAACAGGCCAGAGCCGCGACACAAGAAGAUGCUCUCCCGCAAGAACGCGUCCCGAGAAUGAAGUCAACAACACUGAAUAUCGCACGGUCCCAAGCAGUUCCCAGCAAUGACCUGCCAGUGGACAUAGGGAGACACGCAAAACGAGUUGAUGCAGCACUCCCAGGCAAACACACCCGGCAGCUGUAUGACCGAUUAUCGUGGAAAGAAGCGAGCGUGCUGGCUCAACUCCGAACCGGCAUGGCAAGACUCAAUGGAUAUCUUUAUCGAAUCAAAGUAGCAGACACGGACCAGUGUGCGUGUGGACAAGCGAGAGAGAACGUGGAGCACUUCCUCUUUCGAUGUCAAAAGUGGACGGCGCACCGGACGGAACUACUACAAUGUACCAACACUCACCGAGGAAAUAUAUCCUUCUUCCUAGGUGGAAAGUCGCCUUCCGAUGAUCAGAAGUGGACGCCGAACUUAGAGGCGGUACGGGCCUCAAUACGAUUCGCCAUCGCCACGGGCCGACUCGAGGCCACCUAA